AAAAUAACAUCAUUUGCGUCUAUGAAGUACAAUUACAAUAUUUAUUUCAAAAAUUGUGCUUGAAGUAAUAACAUUUUUUAUAAGUACCCUUCCUACUUUAAGAAAAUAAGUUAUUCCUGUAUCGCAGUUGAGAUAUUCAACUGUGCAAGGUAGGUAUUUUAAUCUACAAAUUUUAAUUAACUUAGAUGAAUUUUUUACUUCUCUAAAAGGUUUUAAAAAUAUUUUUCAAUGCAACUAAAUUAUCCAUUUGGUCUUAUUCUGUCCAUUUAUCGGCCUACUCCCCGGUUAAAUGCGUUAAUUUAUUUGACACCUAACACUUAGCUGAUUGAAUGCAUCAAUUUAAUUAGCCUACUGUAUUUGUAGAAAAAUGGACAUAAGGAAGUUCUUUAACAAGCCAAACAAGCGGCUGAAAAUUGAUGAUGGAUCUGACAUACCGAACAGUACCGAAAACAGUAGUAUAGUAUGCAGUCAAAAUGAUUUAGCUGUAGCAGGGCCAUCUAGCUUGGAGUCAGCUGUAUCCGCCUCUCAAAGAGAAACUAACGUUGUAACGGCCACCGCAUCGGAUAAUUUUGCGAUUGUUGAAGACAGUUUAAAUUUGGAUGUUGGGAACUACCUUGAUACUAAUAAAAUUUGUAGCUUGAACGAUCGCUUGAAAUUUACUUUGUUAACAAACCCAUGGAAGCCAGAUAAAUGUUACAAUUUCAAGUAUGAUAUUGACAAUGGCAAACGACCAUUUAUCCAUGAAUGGUUAAAUACGUACCCCUGGUUAGCUUAUUCAAAAGAAGUUAAAGGUGGGCUAUGCAAGUUGUGUGUACUGUUUAGGCCCCGCGUAACCCAUGGUAGUUAUCAAAGCGGCUUUAUAAAUCGCCCAUUCACCAAUUUCAGAAAGUUUCAUGAAAAUGCGAAAUCGCAUAUGAACUCUGAAUGGCACAGACAAGCAUCUGAAAACUCAAGUAACUUUAUAUCUGUCAUGAAAAAUGAAAAGAAAAAUGUUGAAUGUCUUGCAAAUUAUGGUUUGGCCAAGCAAAUUGAAUCGAACAGAGCGAAACUAAAAUCCAUUGUUUCUUCAAUUUUGUUUAGUGCACUACAUGACUUACCAUUAAGAGGUCAUACCAAUGAGGAUGCUGUGUUCAAUAACCUUUUACAUUUUAGGAAAGAAGCUGGUGAUUCUGUUUUAGAAGACCAUCUGAAAAAUGCGCCGAAAAAUGCAAUGUACAUUUCCCAUAGGACACAAAAUGAGAUCAUUGAUUUAUGUGCAACGGUUUUAAGAGACGAGUUAGUUACAAAAAUCAAUGAUAAUGAAAUAUUUUCCAUUUUAGCAGACGAAACAAUGGACAUUACUGGUACAGAGCAACUCUCUCUGGGCGUGAGAUAUUUUGAUAAAAGUGAAAAUUGCAUCAGAGAAGACUUCCUUGGUUUCACCCCAUUAAAAAGUUUAGAUGCUGAACAUAUAGCAAAUGCUAUUACUUUAACAUUAACAAAUUGGGGCUUGAACUUGGAAAAUGCAGUUGGCCAAGGAUAUGAUGGUUGUAGUACAAUGGCUGGGGAAAUAACUGGAGUACAUAAAAGAAUAACUGAGAAAUACCCAAAAGCUCUAUAUUUUCAUUGCGCCAGUCAUCGGCUAAAUUUAGUAGUCAAUGAUUUAAAUGACAUACCACAAAUCAGGAAUACAACUGGCACAGUUAAAGAAGUUAUAACAUUUUUUCGGCAGAAUGGCCAAAGAAGGGCAAUAGUGGGAACUCUUCAAAAACUAUGUGAAACCAGAUGGACCGAAAAAUAUAAAGCAAUUCGAAAGUUUAGUGAGCAGUUUGUUAGCAUCGCUGAAGCACUUCAGACUCUAUCGACUGAAGGUAACCGUGACACAAGGCAGAAAGCUUUCCAGCUUCAUUGCGCAGUUACAAAUACAGCAUUUGUGAUAUGUCUACAUGUGAUUGCCAAAUACUCUGCCAAGUUAGAAAUCGUUACGCAAAUGUUACAAGGUGUCAGUGUAGAUAUUUUGAAGAUAUCAAAACACAUUCAGAAGGUUACUGAGCUAUUCAGUUCAGACCGACAAAAUGGAGAAAAAGAGUUUGAUAACAUUAUGGCAAAUGUUGAAACAACAGCAAACAAGCUUGGAAUCGAGCUCACAUGUCCUCGUGUUGCUGCGAGACAGGUUCACAGACCAAAUCACUCUACCCAGACUAUCAACGAAUACUAUAGAAAGUCCAUUUUCUUGCCUUAUUUGGAUUCUUUGGUUCAAUCGUUGAAAGAUAGGUUUUCAGAUAGAAACAAACCAUCAUUUGAAAUUUUCAAUCUGCACCCUAAAAUCAUGAAAGAUCUUUCUAAGGAAGAUUUUGAAAAGUCUAUUAACAAUAUAAACAGCACGUAUUGUGAAUUGUUAGACAACUUUAAGGAGCAAUCAAUUCUGUGGUUCGACCUUUGGAAAAACACGGAGAUAGAUGCCAAAGCCUUGGAAAAACUGAACUUAAUAGAGGUUCUUGAGCAUGAGCAUGCCUGCUUUUUGCCGUCAGUAGCAAAAGCCAUCCAAAUAGCUCUUUGUCUGCCACCAACAACUUGCACCAUCGAGCGAUCAUUCAGCACUCUCAAACGUGUGAAGACCUGGAUAAGGAAUACGAUGUCGAACAAUCGUCUAAGUGGGCUAUGCCUGUUAUCUGUACACAGAAGAAAAAUAAAAGAAAAUAAAGAAAACUUCAUGCAGAAAGUAAUUGAUUUAUUUGCGAUGGACACCAGAAGAAUUCAAUUAUUAUUUAAGUAACAUUUACUGACACUAAC